AGAUAGAGGUAAGAUUGUGAUGAAAGAUAAUGUCUUCAUCAACAAGGACAAAAUUACAGAAAAUGAAAUUGUCAAAACAGCUCCAAUUGAUGAAAUCAAGCAAUACUUGGAUUGUCGGCACCUCUCAGGAUGUGAAGCUUGUUAGAGAAUCUUCCACUUUGACAUACAUUACAGGAAUCCUUAAGUAAUACGAUUGUUUUUCCACCUAAAGGAUGAGCAAAAGAUGAUAUUAAGAGAUUCUCAAAGUCUAACUGAGGCCAUCAAACAAGAAGACGUCAAAAACACUAUGUUCGCCAAAUGGAUGGAAAUGAAUACAGAAAAUAAAGAGGCUAGAUCAUUGAUAUUUGCAUAAUUUCCAACAAAUUUUGUUUGGAAUGGAAAAGAAUGGACUAUAAGAAAGAGAGGUUGAACAAUUGGAAGAAUUACAUAUGCACACUCUACAUCAAGAGAAAGGUGUGGCUUGCGUAUUUUAUUAAAUGUUGUUCGAGGAUCUCAUAACUACGAGGAACUCAAAAAUAUGAAUGGCACACAACACACAACAUUCAAGCAGGCAUGCUAUGCUUUUGGAUUAAUUAGUGAUGACAAAGAAUGGAAUGAUGCAAUUGAUGAAGCGAGGCACUAAGCUAUUGGACCUCAACUAAGAGAAUUGUUCAUCACAAUUCUACUCUUUUGUGAAGUAAAUGAGCUAAUCUAAUUUUGGGAAGUCAAUUGGAAAACAUUUUCAGAUGACACACCAUUCAAAUUGGUACAUCAAUUCAAUUUCUCAAAUUUGAAAUUCACAGAAGACUAAAUCAAGAACUAUUGUCUAUUGGAGAUUGAAAGAAUGCUACAUCGUAGUGGUGAAUCAUUGUCCAAAUAUAAUGGCAUGCCAUUACCAAACGUGAAUCUUUUAUUUGGAGCAAAUAAUAGGCUGAUAAAAGAAGAGUUCAAUUAUGACUUUAGAAAGAUGAAAGCAGAUCAUGACCACUUUUACAUCUCAUUGAAUAACCAACAGAGAGAGAUGUAUCACAGAAUACUUGAUGCAAUGGAGCAAAAGGAAGGAGGCAUCUUCUUUGUUUAUGGACAUGGAGGCACAUGAAAGACAUUUUUGUACAAAAUAAUACUAUCUAGACUAAGAUUUGAGAGAAAAAUAGAUUUGGCUGUGGCUU